AUGGCAUACUCCCUCCCCACGCCUUUCACCCCCAACAACAGCGAAUUCGCUGCCCUCGACCCAUCGCACGUCCCCGAUGGCACCAUUUCCAUCACCGCUCUGGCUCGCUUCGAGUUCGAAGCCGGCAAGGGCAACGACGGGACCAAGAUUCUGAUGAUCGAGUGGGAAGACGACGAUCUCGGCCGGAUCGGUCCUUCAACGGAUAACAACAACAACAACAACAACAACAACAACAACAACACCAAAGGCGGCGGUUCAUGGCACGUUGCCUGGGAAGGGAAACAGGCGGUCAUCCCCGCUGACGAGAAGACCAAGGACAACACGCGCCGGUUCUACUUCCUCCUCCCGCCGCACGUCACCAUCCCUCCGACCGUGACGCUCUUCUACGAAGCCGCCCCCGCCGAUCACGACCAAAAUAAUGCUGCUGCUGCUGCUGCGGCGGCGGGAAAGGCCCCCGAGCCGCUGCAUCUGAACCCCUUACCCGCCAUCUUCCCGCCGGAGCUGGGGGCGGACGGCCGCUCCGCAGGCAAGAAGGGGGUGCUGCACACCAUCUGGGCGAAGAAACGGCUGCAGGUGCUGGACAAGGAGAUCCGCGACGAGUGUCUGGCGAAUGUCGAGGGAAUCGCGCUGCACAUGGCCUUGCAGGAGAAGGAGUGGAUCGAGACCAACUUCGGGGUCUCGUUGACAGAGCGCAGUCCGCCGGCCAGCCAUCCGGAUCCGCAUUAUCCCAUGGGUCCGGCGACCCCGGUGUCGCCCAGUACCACAGGUGGGGGGAAGCUGGGGGAGAAGCUCAGGGGGUUGAAGUUGCAGACGAGUGAGAAGGAACUCUCGCCAAAGGGAGAGGGCCACGCCGCCACGGCCCGCCAUCUCCUCUCCCCGCAGUCCCCAGACGUCGCCGUCUCCUCCUUCACCUCCUUCCACACUCUCCGCAGCAACACCACCGCCACCAACAACCAAAACAACAACAAUCAACCAAUCCAACCACCACCACCCCCAUCUGACCCGCCUAUCCGCCCCAUCAUCGUCCACUACCCCCCCGAAUCCCUCCAAGCCCACCAAACCCCCGACAACCACCACCACCUACAACAAAACCACCACCACCUCCACCACACCGGCUUCACCUCAAUAGGCUCAUUGACACACACACACCCCUCCAGCGCCGAAUCCGGCGAGGAACUCUUCGCCAAGGCCCUGAGUCCCCGCACGCCCGACCUGCCCCGGAGUCCAUUCUCCUUCAGCCCCGGGACUUUACAUAUGUGA